AUGGCUCAACCGCAAGCCAAGAGGAAGGUGAGUUCAAGGCAGCACCGAUCCCGGUCGCGAGAGGUGGAGGGAGCACGACGCUCGAGCAAACGCGACGGCGGCGGCGGCGGCAAAGGACGCCGAAGUGUCAAAGAGAGUCAGGCCGAGCCAGCUCACUCCUCGCUUGCUUCGCAUUGGCAUGGCAGGUGAUGGGUAGGAUAGACCUGAGUCAUGAAACCUCGUCACCAUCGUCUUCGCACGCCAGCAGCCUGCCAUCAUCCAGGCCUACCUCCUCCUACGGAGCUCCUCGCGCUGCCAUCUCCCACGGCAUCGCAUCCCCACCCACGGCAUCCACUGCUUCCUCACCAAGCGCCACUGUUCGCAAGACUCCCACCGGAAAUGUGAGGGCUCGUGUGGAUAUGAGCAGCUUGCUCGGUCCCGGCGCAAUUGCCAUGUCACCUCCUGCACCCAGCGUCGAAUCGCAGCCCACAUUGAGACGUCUAGGCUCGGCGGCAUCCUCUGCCAUCAGCGCAGGCCCCACUUCUCGAGGCGCUCCUAUUGCAUCACCAUUCCCACCCCUUGCUUCGACGAGUCGGUCAGCACUCAGUUCUCCUGGUGCGGUGGCCGCACCUCCAGUAGUCCGCGCCUCUAUGCAGGUUGUCAUGCCAUCGAGUACGUCUGGCGAACAGAGUCCGUCAUACAUCACGCAGCGAAAAGAUCGGCGCAGGGCAGGUAAUCGCAGCUUUGAUGCGUCCUCUUCUUCUCCCAUCGCCAGCGCAAAUCCGCUGCCAAAUACCGUCAUCACGCCAACCCAAUAUCCCGCCGCAAGGCAACCUCAAGACGAUAAACCGACGCUGCGCACCCACACCAGAGCCGCUACCGCCCUAGCAUCGCCGGCCAAGUCCAGCACGAGCAGCGUUUCGUCUCGCAUAGGAGCUGAUGGUAGGCCGAAACCGAUUGCGCGCAGUCGCACCCCUUCGCCGGGACCAGAACAGCGUUUGCAAGCUGGCCCGCUAGCUGCUCCCGAGGCGAGGCUCGGCACUGCACCGGACACCGAACGACGAAGGAGCUCAGCGACCCUUGCUCCUCCAUACACCUCUCCGGCUUCCUCGCCUGGCGUGUCCCAGAACGCUGGCCAGUCUAGCAGCUUUGGCUUUUCUGCCGAGCCUACCAGCGCAAACUCUUCCAGCGGAUCUUCUGCGAUGCCCUAUUCGCCGCUGAGAAGCCCCACUGGGCUUCCCGGGCCCAAUCCCCCCUUCGCCAGCUACCGACCUGAGCUGCAUAUACGUGGUCUGAGCAACAAUGCUGCUACACAGCCCUUAAGAUUAGAAGAGUCUCGCGAAGCGUGGAGCGCGAACCAACACUCCAACGGGAGCGCGCUGUCCGCGAACAUGUCCGAGCCCGCCACGUCAAGCGCUUUAGCCUCCGCUGGCUCCUCAGCGCGCUUUGCUCAUAUGGCGACCAAAGACUCUCCGAAUGGAACACCUUUUGCCAGUCUGAUCGAGACAGGGCUACUGUCACCCGCUACGGAGCAACCGCUUGGUCUCACGCCAGCUCAGGCAUACGAAGCGGCGGAAGCUAGGGUGCGAAGGAGGUUAGAAGAUUUGGAGAUUACCAAUAAGAGCUUGUUGAGCAUCAACGAGGGGCUGGAAAAGACGCGAUUGAAGCAGGCAAAGGAGAUCAGGGACUAUAAGAGACGCCUGAGGGGAGAGGGAAGAUACAGCGUCUUACCAGGAGCCAUGGAUGGGCCUGAAGAGGCAGACGCUGCUGGACUAGACUUUGCGCCGACAGCACUGUCAGACGAAGAUGAAGAGGAUGAGGGCGAGGAUGCGCUGCGUAGAGAUGAAGCCGAGCUUGAUGCCACGUUUUCUCGAUGCAAUGGGGUCCUUGCGCAGAUGCUCGCGCGAGGUCGAGCUGCUCUGACUGAGAUCAAGGUGGAAUACGAAUCGCUGAGCGGCGGUGGACGCGUACUGCACCCGAUAGAGAUGGCAGAGAUGGAGCAGCUUAGGCGCAAGAGGCACGCGGAAGUGUUCGAGGAAACUCCGAACCGCAGCCGUGCGAGCGAUGUGGGCCAUAGUCCAGCUUUGGAUGCCCAGGAUCACUAUACUGGCAGAGAUGUGACAGACACGAGUCUGCUGACGGCGUCUGAUCAGAGCCUGUUGACCGAUAAAAGCUCACCAUCCGAAGCUGCCACGGCUAUCCCAAGUCACGAUGCCGAGCAGCAGGACACGCCGGUGCUGGAUUCUGCCGACUCUUCGUUUGUGUCAUCGGAUGGAGAAGAAGGCACGUCUGAUAGCGCAGAAGGCGCGCCCGAAUUCGUACUCGAUCCCGACGCAUCCAUCGAUUAG